AUGGCCUGGCUCGUGUUUGCCCUGCUCGGAUUCAUUGCGUGUCCCUUAGCAGCACUGGGGCUCUACAUCGACACCCAGCAUGGCUACUUGGAUCCACCAUGGCAGGUGUUGGUAGCUGGUACUGCGAUAUCCAUGGCUACAUUCCUGUCCGGCCUACUGAACCCACUGUGGCUAAGGGCGGCAUUCAGCACAAGCAUCCGGAUAGCUGGGCUGCCCAGAUACCGGCGGCGCAUACAGUUUCUGUCGGCUGGCCGGCUUGCGGUAGCAGUUGGGUUCUUUUGCAGGCGACCAUCGCGAGACCUUGCCAUUGGGUUAGGUAUAGUCGACACUUGCAUGUUUGUCUACGCGUUCUGGGCGCUUGAGAUUGCCACUGAUGAGGCCACUGCUAAGACAGCUGACAGCGACACCCCUCUUGAGCGUGCCCGCAAAACCGACGAGGCAACCAGCUCGAUGGGUGAGCUUUCUCUGGGCGAGUCAGUUGUAAAUCGCGACCAGAACGACAGCCUUCGUGGAACUGCCUUUGCCGGUCUGCAUGGAGAUCGUAGGCCUGGCGACUGGGUGUCACAGGGCAGAAACAUGGCCCACCGGACAGCUACAGAGAGCAGCGGUGGCAGCGCUGUAGGCGACGAACUCGCCUCCAUGUUUGGCCUGGAGUCGCUGGCUGUGGGGGGCCGCUCGCGACCUGUACCAGCGACGGUGGUGGCUGCUCAGAGUAUGGAUGUAGACACCUCUGAUGCUGACCUUGGCCGUGGUCCUAGACUACGGCCUGCAGACCCCUCAGGCAACUAUCGGCCAUUCGAAUCGACUCAUUUCCAGUCACAAGACACUGGGCUUGAGUCAAAGAUGCGAGGAUUUUCAAUCAACGAGGACGAUGACGAGGAUGUUGACAUGGAGCCAGCUGCAACCGAGGCGAGCCGUGGCCGCCCACGGUCGAACAACGCCAUGGAAACCGCUGGCAUGGACGGCCAGCUGCUGCGGGUAUACCGUGGUAUCUUUGGAUCCAAGAUGUUCGCCUCCGCCUUCACACUAGUGGGUUGGCUGAACAAGGAACCGCUGGCCAUGGGAGGGGCAUCAUGCUGGAUAUCCCGGAUCCUACUUAGCAUGGAGCUGUUCAUCUCUGCAAUCCAGCGGCCGGUACGGGCAGCCGAUUCACAAAAGACACGCCAACUAGCGCGCGUCCUGCUUGUGUUCCUGGUGACACUGCCUGUGGUGUUCACGACGCUGUCGAUGGAUCAAUGUCGCUGGAUUCGAUGGCGAGUGCGUGGCCCCUGUGGCCAAGCGCAAAGAGCGUGUUCAUCCAUAUGGCGUGGCAGCAGGUUCCGCAGUGGUCUGACACCUUGCUUGAGUCACGCAGACCCAACGCCGCCGAACAGCUGCUG